AGUUCCGCCUCUCCUUUUUCGAGGCGGUGGUGGGGAAGGGGGACGUACGAAAUAUUGCCCUCGAAAGCCAAGGAUCACACCUCUCCGUGCAAACUGCCGGGAGGGCGGCGGGAAAAGGGCAAGACGGGAGUGGGGAAAGGGAAGGAUCCAGGAAGCCGCGCGGGAGGGCGCGCGCGCGCGCGCCCCUUUUUCAGCAGUGUGGCGGGGUCGCACGCACGCCCGCCUCGGCGGCUGGGCGCGGUUUGCGACAGUGGGGGGAGUGGUGGAGGUGGCGGCGGCAGUGGCAACUUUGCGGCAAGCUCCGGACGGGCUUGCUUGACGGCGGUGUGGCGGAGGCCCCGCCCUAGGCGGCAGGAACCUGGAGGGAGGCGGAGGAAUAUGUCCGAGAGGGAAGUGUCUACAGCGCCGGCGGGAACAGACAUGCCUGCGGCCAAGAAGCAGAAGCUGAGCAGCGACGAGAACAGCAACCCGGACCUCUCUGGAGACGAGAAUGAUGAUGCUGUCAGUAUAGAAAGUGGUACAAACACUGAACGCCCUGAUACACCUACAAAUACGCCAAACGCGCCUGGAAGGAAAAGUUGGGGGAAGGGAAAAUGGAAGUCAAAGAAAUGCAAAUAUUCUUUCAAAUGUGUAAAUAGUCUCAAGGAAGAUCAUAAUCAACCAUUGUUUGGAGUUCAGUUUAACUGGCACAGUAAAGAAGGAGAUCCAUUAGUGUUUGCAACUGUAGGAAGCAACAGAGUUACCUUAUAUGAAUGUCACUCACAAGGAGAAAUCCGGUUGUUGCAAUCUUAUGUGGAUGCUGAUGCUGAUGAGAACUUUUACACUUGUGCAUGGACAUAUGAUAGCAAUACAAGCCAUCCUCUGCUAGCUGUAGCUGGAUCUAGAGGCAUAAUUAGGAUAAUUAAUCCCAUAACAAUGCAAUGCAUAAAGCACUAUGUUGGCCAUGGAAAUGCUAUCAAUGAGCUGAAAUUCCAUCCAAGAGAUCCAAAUCUUCUCCUGUCAGUAAGUAAAGAUCAUGCUUUACGAUUAUGGAAUAUCCAAACGGACACUCUGGUGGCAAUAUUUGGAGGUGUAGAAGGGCACAGAGAUGAAGUUCUAAGUGCUGAUUAUGAUCUUUUGGGUGAAAAAAUAAUGUCCUGUGGUAUGGAUCACUCUCUUAAACUUUGGAGGAUCAAUUCAAAGAGAAUGAUGAAUGCAAUUAAGGAAUCUUAUGAUUAUAACCCAAAUAAAACUAACAGGCCAUUUAUUUCUCAGAAAAUUCAUUUUCCUGACUUUUCUACCAGAGACAUACAUAGAAAUUAUGUCGAUUGUGUGCGAUGGUUAGGUGAUUUGAUACUUUCCAAGAGUGGCCGUGCCAUUUUACAUUCCCACCAGCAAUGUAUGAAAGAUCCAGUGUCUUCGAAUCUUCGCCGGCAUUUGUCUUGUGAAAAUGCCAUUGUAUGCUGGAAACCUGGCAAAAUGGAAGAUGAUAUAGAUAAAAUUAAACCCAGUGAGUCUAAUGUGACUAUUCUUGGGCGAUUUGAUUACAGCCAGUGUGACAUUUGGUACAUGAGGUUUUCUAUGGAUUUCUGGCAAAAGAUGCUUGCAUUGGGCAAUCAGGUUGGCAAACUUUAUGUUUGGGAUUUAGAAGUAGAAGAUCCUCAUAAAGCCAAAUGCACAACACUGACUCAUCAUAAAUGUGGUGCUGCUAUUCGACAAACCAGUUUUAGCAGGGAUAGCAGCAUUCUUAUAGCUGUUUGUGAUGAUGCCAGUAUUUGGCGCUGGGACCGACUUCGAUAAAAUACUUUUUCUCAAUCAAAAUUAGAGUGUGUUUUCUGUGUACAGUAGAACUAACGUAUCUUGCUAGUAAGGGCACAUAGAGCAUUUAGAGUUGUCUUUCAGCGUUCAAUCAAGCUGAGCUGAAUGUAGUGAUGUUUACAUUGUUUACACUCUUUGUACUGUCUCCUGCUCAGACUCUACUGCUUUUAAUAAAAAUUUAUUUUUGUAAAGCUGUGUUGUAUUUUAGUUUAUUUUGUUUUGUUCAUUGUGAUGAAAAGAAAUGUUGAAAGUAAUAAAAUUACACCUUAUCUUUUUGCAGUGAUUAUUAUUGUUUUAUUUGUGUAACUGGAGAAAGCUAUAUAAUAUAGUGAUUAAGUAUAAGCUCUAGAACAAACUGAAUUUUAAUCUUGGCUCUGCCACUAACUGACCUUGGGUAAGUAAAAGAAUCAAGUGAUUUAAUACAUGUGAAGCAAUUAGAACAGUACUUGACUACACUAAACCCUUAUCUUUAUUGGAAAUUGUAUUUCCUAUGGUUUUAUAUUUCUUAAUGAUUUCUUCUAUAAUAAUUUUGUAAUAAGUAAAUUCUGUAAGAGUUGUGACAUGUAAUGUUGUAAUAACCUAUCUUUAUAGUUAAAAAAUAUUAUUGCCAUUCGAUUUACAACUUGGUCAUUAGUAAUCUUAGGGAAAUACUAUCAGUAGAGCAAGGGAGGAGAGGACAUAGAAGGUUAAAUGCAGCGGGUUGAAAAAUGAAAGAAAUGGGGAGUACGUUUGUAUAGUGAGUUAUUGUCCCCUUUUCUAGAAGGGUAUUGGUUAAGAGAAAUAAGUAAAUUGAGGAUAUCAUAGGGUUGAAAGUAGUUGGUGGGUUUUCCUGGUGGCACAGUGGUUAAGAAUCCACCUGCCAGUGCAGGGGACACAGGUUUGAGCCCUGGGCCGGGAAGAUCCCACAUGCUGUGGAGCAGCUAAGCCCGUGCACCACAACUACUGAGCCUGCAUUCUAGAGCCUCUGAGCCACAACUACCGAGGCUGCGUGUCACAACUACUGAAGCCCGUGCGCCUAGAGCCUGUGCUCCGUAACAAGAGAAGCCACCGCAAUGAGAAGCCCACGCACAACAACGAAGAGUAGCCCCUGCUCGCCACAACUAGAGGAAGCCCGCGCACAGCAACAAAGACCCAACGCAGCCAUCAAUCAAUCAAUCAAUAAAAAUUUAUUUUAAAAAAAAAGUAGUUGGUGAUUUUUGUCCCAAACAUAGGGUGCUUUGUACGCAGUGGCAAGAACAGAAUUAAAGGGACUUCCCUGGUGGCGCAGUGGUUAACCUGUUGUGAUUUGUAGAAAAUGACUAUCAUUUUGGAAUUGAACUGGUGGAUUUCUAAAGAGAUUCUUGGUGUUUUGUGGUUAUUUUCUGAUGCAGAGCAAGACUUCAGAUGAAUAAAAGCAGACUCAUUUCACCUUCCUUGCUUCAGUUACCCCAGGCUGAUGUGAAAUGUAAAACGUU